UAUAAAACAAUAGUCUCUGAAACGUUGUAUCCAUUCAACGAGUUCAAAGUAUUUUGUUGUUUUCAAAGUAAUUUCGUUCGUCGGAUAGUAAAUUGUUGUUCUAAUCACUUGAACUUUUCAUUUCGAUGGCAAAGAAGAACUAUUUGACGCAUUGAAACGCGCAACAAAAUUCUAAAUGACGUCCGAAGUGUCUGUUGUUAGAAUGUUAAAUGAUUUUGAGAUUUAGAGUAAGAAUUGUUAUCGGUAAACGCGAUUAACAACCCAAACAAUUUCAUAAUCUUUGAAACUGGCGCAAUUAAGUUGCAUGAUUUUUGAACAGCUGAUCGGUGAAACAACGUAGAUGCGAUACCUGUUCAAGAAGAGGAAUUUGCGGGAUUUUUUAAAAUUUCGUUUAGACAUCAACCUUUUCUACAAAGUUUUUUUUAUCGUUCAAGAAAUUUGAUUUCAAGAUUUGUCCCAAUCGACUGUCAGAAAAAUUGUGAUAUUUUCUAUAUUCGUGAGAUUUGUACAAUGGAAGAAGGAAGAAAGUUUUGGAAGACGACCGAUGAUUUGUUAUUUUCAAGGAUAUCAUUAAUGAGCUAGGUGUUGGAUUAAAAUCAAACGGCGACGUAAAUGGAUAAUGGAAAUGGUGAAAGAAAAGCCACGAAGACGGAGUGUGAGCGAAUUGCUCGAUUGGAGAUCCAUGAUUGGAUUGAAAGGUGGAGCUGUUAAUUCCGAGAACAAUGAUACCGAUGGCAUUUAUUUUGAUGAUUAUGAUCAAAGUCCGGAAACUAGGCGAAGAAAACGUUCCGGCACUUGGCCGAGAACGAGAAGCUUAAACGCACCAAGUCCGAUACAACAAUUUGGACCAUGCGGGCGUAUAAUGAAAAACUCGGCUAUGGUCAUGACCAUUCAGGACCCAGCCUCGCAAAGGUUGACUUGGUACAAACCACCGCUGAGUGUCCUCGUGAUAAAAAAAGUCCGUGAUUCGUCUGUUCUACCACCGUUUGUGCAGUUGGUAACAUGGCUGAUAGAAGAAAAACGAAUGGUCGUAUUCGUCGAAGCCACUGUACUCGAGGACUCAGCAUUGGCUCGGGAUUUAAGAUUUCAAGGAGUUCGAGACAGAUUACAAACAUUCAGAGAUGGCACCGAUGAUUUGCAGGAUAGAAUAGAUUUUAUAAUAUGUUUGGGAGGCGAUGGCACUUUACUUUACGCCAGUCUUCUCUUUCAACAAUCCGUACCACCAGUUAUGGCAUUUCACCUUGGUUCAUUGGGUUUUCUCACGCCUUUCGAAUUCGACAAUUUUCAGGAACAAGUUACGAACGUUCUCGAAGGUCACGCGGCUUUGACCCUUCGGAGUCGUUUAAGGUGUAUAAUUAUGCGAAAAGGAGAAGAGGGUCAGCCAUCUAAAUCACCAACGAAUUUGUUAGUACUGAACGAAGUGGUCAUAGAUCGAGGACCUUCGCCAUACCUUUCAAACAUCGAUCUUUUUAUCGACGGCAAGCAUGUGACCAGUGUUCAGGGUGAUGGCCUGAUCGUCAGUACACCAACUGGCUCUACGGCCUAUGCAGUAGCUGCAGGAGCUAGCAUGAUCCAUCCUUCGGUACCUGCAAUCAUGAUCACACCGAUCUGUCCUCAUUCCUUAUCAUUCAGGCCAAUUGUUGUACCAGCUGGUGUCGAAUUAAAGAUUUCAGUAUCGCCAGACAGCAGAAACACUUCGUGGGUCUCGUUCGACGGUAGAAAUAGACAAGAGUUGUUUCACGGAGACAGUUUACAAGUGACAACCUCGGUAUAUCCUGUUCCUAGUAUUUGUGCAGCCGAUCAAAUAACGGAUUGGUUUGAUUCUCUCGCCGAGUGCUUACACUGGAACGUUAGGAAAAGGCAAAAACAUUUGGACGAGCUGAGUGACUUGACUCAUUCAUCUAGCAACGAUACCCUUGACUCUUUGGACCGUGACAGCUAGGCGAAGGCAUGUGUUAUAAAUAGACAAUAAUAAUUUAGCACAAUUGGUAAUAUCAAACACAAAUCUAAAUGAUUUGUGCGAGUGCCUCUAAAGUGAUAAGAACAUGGAAUUCAACUCUACGGAUAAUAGACGAUGGGUUUUGUUCUGUAUCAUUAUGAAAAGUUAUUAGAACUAUACCGGUGUCACAACUGAGAAAUCGAUCAUUAAUUUUUCGACUUUUAAAAAGCGAGUAUAUACAUGCUCGCUCAUAGUCAUCGAUUUGUACGAUAAUAUCCAAAUGAACAUCGACAUUUGUGCGAACAUAGUGUCAUAAUACAAUUCGAUGCUUCUGAUGAGUUGUUAAUUAACGCCGCAGAGUCGAAAGGCUAAUUAAUAUUUUAUUAUCAAGGAUCAAACGUUUAAAAUACACGUGCAUUGAAAAUAAAAAAAAAAUAUAGAGAGAUCGUAAGUUUCUGUAUUUCUCUUUUUGUUUCUUUUUUUUUUUCUCUCUUCUUUUUUGUAUCCUAGACUGAUUGUAUAUAUUCCAGAGAUGCGUUUUUGUCUUCGUACGAUAUUAUUAUCAUCAUCGUUUUAUAAAUUACCGACGAUAAACCACGAACCAUUUUAUUCGAACUUUACAUCAUAUCCGAAAUGGUCGAGAUAAACGAAGUGAAAUUACACACAUACACACACAUACAAUGAAGCUAUUAAUGCGCAAGAGAUUUGAAAGAAGAAGAUAUCUGAUAGUUGUUGUACUUGUUUCAAUUACGUUUCAACAUCAACGCCGAUCGUGAGCUCAUAAGAAUAAUCGGUUCGAUUCUAUGAGAGUAAAUCAUCGUAAUUUUGCUAAAUAUAAAACUCUCAUAUAAAUCGAACGAUAAUUAUAAUCGUAUAAUUUCAUUGAUUACUUCUUUGAGAUCAUUAUAUUUUGAUUGAUUACAAUAAAUGGUAAAUCAUUGUUGUAUUAUAAAUGGAAUUAUAUUAGGUGUUAUAUCCAACAGAAACAAAUCUAUAACUAAAGUUGUUCUUUGAAAGUUAAUUCGAUUGAUUAAUCAACGAAUAAUGCUUAAAUUAGUGCCAAUGCUUAUCAAUCGUUGAAGAUUGUUACUGUGAACUAUGUAUCGGAGAUAGAAUCUUAGAUGUAAUCAAUGAAAUCAUUUAAAAUCGUGAAAAGUAUCAUUUUUAAUAUUAAAUGUUAACAAUAUAAUAUUUUUAUUGUCAAAUUAUAUGUAUAUAUAUAUGUCAUUUUUGUAAUAUUUAAUAAUUCAAUUUAGAAAUUAUUUUUUCCCUCUUUGUGUGUGCAUCGAAAUUCGGUAAUCAUUUUUAUUCAGGGUUAUUAUAUCAUUUGUGUAAAAUUCUUCGCGUUUCUUUUAAUCGGAAUGAAUUUGUUCUUCUUUAUUUAUACUCGUUUUAAAUUAAAACAGAAAUAUGUUAUGAAUUCAUGUGCAUGAAAAUUAUAUGUUUUUAAUAUUAAAUGCGAAAUAAUUUUUAAUUCGUACUUUCCUGUUUCUCAUUUAAAAACAACGAAUAUUAUUAUUUUUUAAUUUUUGCAAAAGAAAUAUUAUUUGAAUGAAUGUAACAAAUGAACGAUGGAUUCAUUCGCAAUCAAAGAUUUAUAAUUUAAUCGUCGAAAAUAGAAAAGUAUUAUCAUAAUUUUUAUUACCUGUAAUAAUUCAUCAAAAACAAAAAAAAUUUUUCAUGCGUAAAAUUAUGUUCAAUUAAAAUACUCGAAUAAUAUUUAUUUUUUGUUUUGUCAUUCGAGCUUUCGUUGAUGUCGGUGCAAACGUUUCAUCCACUUCGUCGGAUCUUUUUUAAAUUAUGCUAUACGUACGUGACGUUGAAAGAGUAAAAAAUAAAAUAAUACGUUUGUUCCAUAUGAGAGAGCGAGAGAAAGAGUGAAGAAAGUGAAUGAGAAAUGGUAAAUGAAUUUCGCGUGAUUUUAUGUGUUAACGUUACAACAAAUUUUUUUCCUAUGAAUGUAAGUCUUUUUAAUAAAACCACUUUUUUUGUA